GUCAAAGCUUUAAGAACCCGGCUCACGUCUCAUGCACAGCGUACACACAUAGGCUGAGAUCUGAGUCAAAACACACGCACCCUCGCCAGACUUGUCAUCACAUCGCGAGGCGAGAUUGCGAUCUCCUCAAAAAGUCUCCGAACCUUAAGCACGUCAUGGUGGGUAGAUGGUAUUCAACUGUUGCCGACGAGCAAGCAGCGACACACACACACGCACAAAUGGAUCCACACAUAAAGCCAAAACCACACGUACACUGACAGGCGAUGUCGCAAGCACCAUAGAAACAGGGAUAUAACAGUCGGCCACUUGCCACCUCAAUACACCACACCGAUUUUCCCACACACAUAACUACCCUACCUGCAUGCCUGUCUGCUUUUGGCCAGAGCUCCAUAGCUGUCACGUCGAGCGCGCGAGCAUCAUUGACGCGACAGCACUCACCCACUGCCAGCCAGCAGACGGCUGCACAUACACACACACGGACGCACAUACGCAUACACGAACGCGGAGAGAGAAAGAUGAGAGAAGGACGCAUGCAGGAUUUACAGGAGUCUCUCUUCCUCUUCCUCCUUGCUAACCUGCAGUGUGUAGACCUCCAAAUCGGCGAGGGUGAACUCAUUGCUUGAGCCUAGGCUGGCGCGAUCUUCGAAGUAGAUGGCCCCCAGAUACUUCUUGUCGGCCGGCAGGCAGUCCUUCAGCACCCAGUGACGACAGCGGGAAAUGGUGGGAUCAGGGGCAUCGGGCUGGAAGCCGAGCCACAGACGGCCGGAGGCGCCAUCAGUCAUGUCACCGAUGCACACCUUGCCAACCGGCUCAUCUUGAAGGUUCUUGACGCCGGCUUGUGCGCCGGCCACGCAAAUACACUGCUCGGCGUUCGACAGGUCGAUCUUGGUGAUGCCGUCACCAUCAAACGCGCCACAUACCGAGUACAGCGACACGGCACAGGAGGUCUUCGCCACUGCAGUGGGGUCGGCGGGCGGGGUGAGCCCGCCCUCGAUGUGGCAGGCGAUGAUGGGGCCAUCGAGGUCUUUGAGCAGCAGCAGGAGGUCGGUGGCGACUUGCUGCUGCUUCUUUGAGCAGCAGCAGGACCCCACAUGCUCGAGCAAGGCCUCGUGCUCGAAGCCGUCAGCCUCACCCCUGACAGACGAACAACGAAGAGCGAAAAUGAGAAUUCAGUGAGUCAGCCGCUGCCCUCUCUGGUGACUUACUUGUAGAGUAGGUGUGGUGUUGCGUCCGUCAUGCCGGUCGCGUCGACGAGUGCCCGCAGGCAGGACUCACACAGGAUGGGGUCGGCCGGCAUGGCAUCCCACACCUGCACACAAGAAGGGGAAGGGAUCUCAUGACAGGCAAGCGCUUGUGUGACAUCUGGUCCAUGCCUGGCUUACUGGACUGACCUGGAAGACCUCCACUCGCUGGGCAGUGAAGCAGGUCGUCUCAGAGCCGGACAGUAACGCAGCGUGGCCGCCCGAGCCCCUGAUGGUCUGUCCCGCAAACUUCUUAUUGGCCGGCAGCUCUUCCUGCUUGACCCACUGAUGGCACAGGCGAAUGUCGUCAGUCGGGCGGUGCAGGCAGAAGUUGUAAGUCGGGUGGCGCUCGCCGUGUCCCAACCACAGGCCGCGUGCGAUGCACAUCUUGCCGCACGGCUUGCCCCAUCUGUCCGUCACGCCCCCCUUUGUGCCGGCCACCGACACACGCUGGUAGUCCUUUGGGACGUCGAUCUCGGUGAUGCCCUCCUCAAACGCACCAGACACCGAAAACAGCGACACGGGGCACCAGAACUGCAACUCGGAUGCGGGGUCGGCCGGCAGCUGCAGCUUGGUGUCGACGAAGGCUGCGAUGGUGUGGGUGUCGCUGCACUUGAUGACAAACAGGAGGCCGCGGCGGCCGGCCACCCGCCGCAUCAUGCUCUCAUACAAAUGACCGUGGAGCGCACUCCUGACACACACCACACAGAUGAACGGGUUGAUAAAACAUGGCACAAUGCCCUCCCUUUUUUGCCAUCUCUCACUUGAAGACGCAGAGCAUUGUUGGUUCCUUCUUGCCAAGUCUGUCGAGGAGCGUCUGCAUGACGUCGUUGGCGAGUAUGUUGGGGUACAUGGCAUCCAGCACGCCGUACAUGUCACUCACACGCAACAGCUUGUCCUGGCAACAGCACGUCGGCGGCGCGACGACGGCGCCAUCGGGGGAGAGGCGACACCGACGAGCGAAGUCGACGAUCCUGAACAAACCAACAGACGAAUCGGUCCGCUCUGUUGUCGCCGCUGGUGGUUGUCUGGGUGCCUACAAAUCGAAGUGGUGCCCAGACACAUCGACGAUUGGAGUGGCGCCAUACCUGCACAAAGGACACAGGAGAGUGAAGGACAUCCAAUGAUCACCACAACAGCGUCCCCAUUUCACCCCCCACUUGUACCUUUCUCCUCACUUGGUGAAUCUGUCGUUGAGCGUGUCGAAGUUGGUCAGCGUGGCGUCGGUGGUCGCCACUGUGCGGCCGCCGACAGUCACACUGAGCACCUCCUCCCCUCCGCUGCCGCCCUUUAUGGACGACUUGAUGAAGGCGCCCAUCAUGGCCAUGAAGCUCUUGAACAGCGCCUCGGGAUGUCCGUCGAUGUCGAUGGGCGACGUGGCGAAGAAUAUGUCGUGGUAGAAGGUGAUGUGCGGCCCCUCGUUGAAGAUUUUGAUCUCGUCGACCCACCCAUGCUUCAAACGGGUCAGCUUCUCACACAACCUGACACACAUACACAGACAGACAGACAGACACACAGGCAGACGACAGCGAAGCGAUGAGUGAAUGACUGAAUGAGUGUCUUAUCGCCGUCGUCUUAUCGCCGUCACCACACGAAGUAGAGUGGAUCUGCGUCGAUGAAGAUUGUCCUCUCGGCGUCCUUGUGCAUCCAGUCACCGAACCGAUGAAGCAGCACCGCCAGGCAGGUGUCCCGCAGCCCAUCGCGCAGCAGCACGCCACUCGGGAAGGCCAUGACGUACCCGCUGACAUUGAGCUGCAUCACGCCGCCACUCGUGCUGUCUGCUGCGUCUUUGCUGUCCGUUGACGAGGGCGCCUCCAUGUGAUGGUUGGGAUGGCUGUCAGAGAAUCACGAUAUGGUGUGUGUGCCUGUGUUUCCGAAUCCCCAUCCAAUCGCUGGCGG